AUGAAAGAGCCUUCGCAACUCGGUCAGCUGUGCUGCAAAAUUCUGGUGUUGAAUUCAGUGAAGGCGGGUCCGCAAGACUUUUUCAAGCUUUGUACGAUGUUUGUCUCAGACGAUAGCUUUCGCUUGAUUCUAUCGAAUUUCAAGAAACGUCUCACACAAAAAGAGCAGGAUGACUUCCAGUUCGCAACCUUGGACGACGUACGGCUGGAGAUGGCUCGCAUUCAACGAGAACAGGCUACUAGAAAAGAGAUGAUGAACAUGCCUCGGAUUCAGUCUUUCCUCGAAGCCAUGGAACAGUUCGGCAAAGUGAUCGAGGUUUUCCUGAAUACGUCAGAGUUCGUGGCCUUCAUCUGGGGGCCUAUGAAGUUUGUCCUGCAGGUAGCGAGCACUUGGGCCGAAUCCUUUGACAUCCUACUCGGCGCCUAUGAGCAGAUUGGAAAUCAAAUCCCUCUACUGCAGCAAUUUCAAGCGGUUUUUGAUAAGAGCCCGCACAUGAGAAGAGUCCUGGAGAUGAUAUACUUUGAUAUCCUCGAAUUUCACAAGCGUGCAAUACGAUUCUUUUCCGGCCCUGUUUGGCGUCAAGUAUUCCGCUCUGCAUGGAAAGACUUCAAGACCAGAUUCCAGCACAUCUUGGACGGGUUACGCCAACACAGCGAACUGCUUGAGAGCCAAGCGAAUCUACUUCACAUCCAACAAUAUCGGGCCGAUAGAUUGGCUAUGCUUGAUCGUUUAGACAAUAUGGAAGAAGCCCAGCGCCAGGAAAACUACGUCACGAUUAUGAACUGGGUCUUUGGCGCGAACACGAAGUCGGACCACGAUUUUGCAUGCGCGGCGCGUAGUGAAUACCCGGAGAGCGGGCGCUGGAUUCUGAGGAAUUCCAAGCUCCAAAAUUGGAAAGAAGCUGACACGCCCGUAUCCUCUAUAUUGUGGCUGAAUGGAAUACCCGGCGCAGGCAAAACCGUCCUUGCCUCUGUUAUCAUUGAGAGCUGUCUGCAUGCCACAACGUCUACGACUAGCUUUUUCUACUGCAAAGACGGUGAUUCGGACAAGAACUGCUUCCUUUCAAUUCUGAAAGGCCUGUUGAGCCAGCUUAUUUUUCAUUGUCGUCAUUUGAUUCCUUUCUGCUACGACAAAUACCUGGCCAGCGGUGAGUUGACCCUAGUCUCCACAAGUCUGGCAAAACAGCUUUUGGAAUUGUUUUGCCAGGAGAUUCACAAGCAAUGUAUCAUUAUUGAUGGGUUGGACGAAUGCAAGGAGUCGGAGCGGAAAUCGAUUCUACAAUUCUUUACCUCAGUGAUAGAUCGAUACGAUCUGAAGGAACCAGGAAGAAUACGUGUGCUAUUCAUCAGCCAGGUUGAGAACGACAUCGAGAAGGCUCUCUCCGCCGCAGAAGUCAUAGCUCUUGAACCCUCAGACAACGAAAAUGACAUCAGGUCGUUUGUGCUCAAGGAGACCAAGGAGAUCCAGCGGAAGCAUGAUCUCGACAAUCACCAGGUUGAUUAUAUAGUGGAUUCUACUUGUAGAAGAGCAAAAGGGAUGUUUUUGUUUGUCAAAUUGGUCAUGUCCAACCUGUAUGCGCAACCUACACGGCAGCACCUCCAAGAGGAGAUCAAGGUAACGAGAUUCCCGCAGGGGCUCGAACAAGCGUACCAGAGAAUUCUGAGCCGCAUAGCACAUAACUCAACCCCUGCAGAGUGGACGAUUGCAAGAAAGCUCCUUGGGUGGAUGAUUUGCGCCGUAAGGCCUCUGAAGUGGCAUGAGAUACAAGGAGCAAUAUCAAUUGACCCAAUUUCGCAAACUGUCAACUUUGAUGAUCGGAGACUGCGAAUUCAUAUUCGCGAUAUCUGCGGAUCUCUAAUUGUAUUGCGGCCUGGCGAUAGGAUCGAACUGGUUCACAGCACAGCCAAAUUUUUUAUUGCUAAUACCGGCUACGUACGUACACCAAUAGUUCAAUGCGAUCUUACGGCCCUGUGCAUACAAUAUCUCACUUUCGAAUGCUUCGAUGACGAUAUCAGCCAAGAGAAACUCGUUGAAUUUGCGAUUGGAGGAUACUUUGCGUUUCAGGACUACGCAGUUGCAAAUUGGGCACAUCACUUCCUUGCGAUGAUAGAAGCAGAGCAGUCUCACUCUGCUGCAGAGUCCGAUAUAGAGGAGACCAUGGAGGAGCUCGGGAAUGCACUCAAUGACUUUACCGUAAAAUUUCAGGAAGAGUUUGUCCAGGAAGAGAUUGUGCACACUUCUGGGAAAGCUUGCAAAGCCUUUCAACAGCGCAAUUUUCAUGCAAGCCUACAAUUGGUGUGGAAUCAUGUGGAUCAGCACCAGAACAAGGGAUUCGAGGCAAGAAACAAUGUCAGUCUGGAAAUCCUAGGCAAGGCCUUCGCCCGCAAUAGAAAACUGCUCGAAGAGCUUACGUUCUCUACAAACUGCUCGUCCAACAGACAGAAGAAUUUAGAAUCCUUUUACGGCGACAAGCGAUACAAAUGUCCUAAACUUACCUGCUUCUAUUUUCAUGAAGGUUUCCAAGACGCAAAGUGCCGGGAUCUACACAAGAACCGCCACGAUCGCCCGUUUCAAUGCACUUUCCCUAAUUGUACAAUGGUCGAGUUUGGGUUCAAGUCGUCAAAAGAAGUGGACAAGCACAUGAAGGCCUACCAUCCUGAUGAGAACGAUGAGGCAGUCACCUUUACGGCAGCAAAUACGGUACGAGCCUCGACGCCAUUCGCAUGCUCUGUUUGCGAGAAAAGGUUUACUCGCGGCUUUGCUCUACGAAACCACAUUCGAAGUCACAAUGCUGAACGUCCAUUCGCUUGCUCCUUGGGGUGCGGCAAGGCUUUUACGCGAGCUAACGAUUGCAAAAGACACGAAAAAACCGUUCAUGCGAGACGGUGA